AUGCGUUUAGGAAAUAUAAAAAUGGUUGAAUCGGGUAAAGCUAGAGCCUCAAAGAGAGGUAGAAAGGGGCGUAGUGGUGAAAUCAUGGAAGGUGAGAUCUGGAAAGAUUUUCCAGAGGAUCUGUUUGAAGCAGUAAUAGCAAGAGUUUCGAUAGCAACGUUUUUCCGGUUCCGUUCAGUUUGUCGGAAGUGGAAUUCAUUGCUUACUUCUCAAACCUUCUCCCAGCUAUGUGGCCAAGUAAAGCAUGCUAAGCCUUGGUUCUACGCCAUCACCAAGCGCAAGGGCGUGUUUAUGGGAACCGGAUCAAUGUACGAUCCUUCAUCGAACAAGUGGUACCAUCCAACUAUGCCUGCUUUGCCAUCCAAAGUGAUCAAGUCACCAGUGGCAUCAGCUGGAGGUCUCAUCUGCUUCGUUGACUUCAGCUACAGAAGCUUCUACGUGUGUAACCCUCUGACAAGGUCAUUCAAGGAGUUGCCAGCCAGGCCAGGGCCGGUGUGGCUGCGUGCAGUUGUAGGGAUGACACAGAUGCAGAAUGGUGGGUAUAAGAUCCUUUGUGUUGGUAUUCAUGGGGACUACCAAGUGUACGACUCUGCAAAUAACUCUUGGAUUAGUCCAGGAAGCAUGCCCCCGAGUAUCAAGCUUCCACUAGCGCUCACGGUGUUCACGUGUAGGGAGGUUGCAACUGAGGGGAGGCUGUAUUUCAUGUGGUCAGAUCCGCACGGGAUCCUGUCUUAUGAGGUGAACACCGGGAUGUGGAGGCAGUACGUAGUCCCUGCCCCUCCUCAUAUGUGUUGGAGUGGUCACACAGUGGCAGAGAGCGGGGGCAGGAUCAUGCUGGUGGGGCUGCGGAAGGAGGAUGCAGCGUCAUGCGUAUGCAUAUGGGAGUUGGAGAUGACGACUCUGCAGUGGAAAGAGGUUGACAGAAUGCCAAACGAAUGGUGCUUGGAGUUUCGUGGAAAGAAGUGCGUUACAAUGCAUUGUCUGGGUAACGAAGCCUUGCUUAUGCUGUCCCUCAGAUCUAGCUACAUGAAUCGACUUUUUACGUACGAUCUAUCCACCCGGGAAUGGCUCAAGCUCCCUGGCUCUGUGCUGCCGAAUACCUGCACCGGGAGGCGGAAGACUCUAUGGGUUGCCUAUGGCAUUGCUUUUCACCCUUGUUUGACUGCAAUCCCAUAGUUUAGAUUUCUAACUCUACACUUCUAUUGGGAUGAAGAGCCAUUGUUUUUUUCUUGUUUGUUCUUGGUGAUUAGAUGAAGAAAAUUGUGAUGCAUCAAACAAACCAUGUAUAGGCUUAUUAUAUAGUGGGGUAGAGGACACAAUAGAUG